AUUAAACGCAGAGGGUACGAAUAUUUAUGGCACUGACUGUAGGCCCUACAGGUGGGCAUCCUUUCAGGGAAUGAUUCUACAGGUAAGGCGAGUAAGGUGAAAAUGAAACGGCAUGAAAUUACGUAAAUCUUAAAGAAAAAUGAAUCUAAAUCUGCCUGAUUGUAUAAAUGCAUUUACUCGUUUAUUCAAAAUCUUGGAAAGUUUCGAAACCUAUUAAGACUUGGAUCAAACCAUUCGAGACCAAUCAAAACUUCAAGAGCCAGAGCUGAUCCUAGGGCGCUCCUACGCAAUCAUUCCAUAUUACAACAUCUAGAAUAAAGCUUAUUUACGAGGAGUAAUCUGUUCUUCAUUUUCUCAAGCAUUUGCAUCUUUAUUCUGGGAACUUGAAAAUGCAUUUCCUGCUACGCCUACCCCACCUUGCUUGGCCACCCACAUCCAUCAGGACUCCAUAUCAACCCUAUCGGAAGCAAUCAAGAAUUUCCAAGACAAUCUCGUCUCGAUCUCAAUCGGGAACUUCCGAAAGUUUCAAAUCUGCCAGCAAACUUUGGAUUCGACGUCCGUCGCUGCUGGAAAGCGGAGCUGGUCGAACACGGCGCAGAGUGUCGGAGGAGCGAUAAUGCGACAGUGGGACCAUCCGGUGGCUCCAUCUAUGUGGAGUAGACUCGGAGGAUUGGCUGGUAGCUCGCAGGCGCAUUUCCCGGUGCAUUCUCCGGUUCGAGCCUCGUCUCGCGCGUCGCCGUCAUUCCUUCCCCGCGAUCCGUCGACGGUAGUGCUCUUUCUUCUCUCCGCGCACCCUUUUUCGUCCUUUUCUCCCUACGUCGUCGGUGCUCACGCGCGUGACUCCUGGGCACUGUGGAUUCGGUUGAUCGCUGCUGCAACAGUUGCUUCCAGUUCGCUUUCUGUUUCGGUUUUCCUCUCCGUCCAGUUUCCUCCGCCUCGUUCGGCUCCGCGCGAUACCACUCCGAUCUCCCACUCCGCGGUCGUGUUUCUUCUCCGUUCAAUCAGCGUCGGUCCCUCUUCCGUCCGCUGACCGAUAAGCGUCUCACUGUCAGGGUCGAAGAAAGAAGAGGUCGGGGUCCGUGGUCGCCGCCAGCUGUUCGACGCCGAGCAGUCCGCCGUCUACUCGCUGCCACUUUUGUUCCUACGCCUCGGCUCAUGGCGUGCCGAGCCUCCGGAUACCGGUCUGGCCCCAGGACCCAUCCGGCCCAUCGCCACGCAACGGUCAGGACUGUCGUGUCGCUCGACGGCUGCUUUCGACGACUCACCAAGGUACCAGAGAGAAACGAGGUGGAGGGGUUCAAGGUCACCGACGUGAACCGCACGCGGAAGUUCGGCGUCGCCUGCAGCACUCUCCCGGAACUGAAACAGAAAGUCUGCGCGAAACUGAACAUAACGAACCACAUCGACGAAGUCAAUGUCUUCCUGCUCGACGGAACGCUGAUCGACGAGGAGUACUUUUGCACGCUGGAACCUCAGACGACGCUCAUCGUCCAAAAGCCUGGCGAGAAAGUGUUGAGCGAUGCGGAUCUCUUGUACGACGCCUUGAGGCGCGUCAACAUCGAUUUCCUGGCUGCUGGCUCCAAGGCGUCCGAGUUCCUUACGGAAAACCUUAAGGCGAAGGUCGCCAUUUUAAAUAGUGCGCUGAACAAAGACGAUUCAAAGACUGCGCUCACUGCGAGGGACGAGCAUCCGGAGUGGUUCCGCGGAUUGGAGACCAACUACACGACCAAAGAGGCGUACAUGCAUCGCAGAUGCCAGGACAGGAUACGAGGCUACCUCUACAAAACGAUCGAUCAGAUCAAGUCGUCGGACACGUUCGCGAACGAUCACAGGGCGAGGAAGCGGCUGCUCGACGUCAUAGCCUUCUUCAAGAUGCAGCUGAAAGAGGACCACUACUUCGGUUACUAUUUCGACAGGAGUCGCGCGAAGAUUCACUCGACAGAGUCGGUCGACGAGCGGGACUCGUCGACCUGUUACGACCAUUGCCCCUGCAGGCUGAACCGACUCGAUGACAGCACGUACUUCCGGUUGUUCGGGACGAGCGACCAAUCCUGCGUAGACGGCACGACGAGAAAGAAGCAAGAGAGGAACUCGAACGUGCAUUCGAGGAGCGAGGACGAGGAGAGCACGGACGAGCAGGAGGAAGAGAAGGAGAGCACGGACGAGCAGGAGGAAGAGAAGGAGAGCACGGGCGAGCAGGAGGAAGAGGAGGACAGUUGUCCUUACAGGAUUCGAACGAAGGAAUGGAAGUCUUGCGUCGCUAUAUGUAAUCCCAAAGGUGAAUUUAGGUGCGGAGGCGUCUGGAAAGCCGAUGCCUGCGUCUAUGGGCAGAGACACAAGAUCAACCCUUACAGGUCGAGGGAGGACCUCAUCCUGUUCUCCACGUGGAAUUUCGAUCACAAAAUCGAGAGGUCCAGGACUCUGGUGCCACAACUCCUCGAACUAUCGGCGCAAGGAAUCGCCAGAGAGGAGGAUAUCCACGAGUUUUACGACGAUCUGUUCACACUGAAAAACUUGAGGCUGGUUCACAUCGUGUGCCACGACAAGGGAUCGCACAAGUAAUUAGACGGAAUCGCACAAGUAAUUAGACGGAAUCGCAUACAAGGGCGAAGGAUCUUCUUCCAGAAUACGUAACAUCGUAGAACAACCUCUGAACACGUAAACGUAAAACUCUUCGUACGGGAACGUAUUUACUCCUAAACGCUGUUGGAUAGUUUAUAGAUUUAAACGAUUGUUAAUGUCGCGUCCUACAGUGAUUCCGUUGCGCCACAUAAUAACAAGCAAUACCGAUCGCAUUUUUCUUACGCGUUCUAAUCGUCGCAAUUUUCUAUUUGUAAUACUUCGAUGAAUAUUCAAUAGUCAAUAAUAUACGUUAAACAACCAUAGGGUAAUCCGCGCACGAACUUUUCAAUCUUUCUUGCACCAAAAAAAUUCUUAUACGAGGUCGAAGACUACGAAGAACGUCCACGCGAGAAGCUUUUUGACACAUUUUUAAAAAAACAGCAUUUAUCCGGUGGUUAUUAGCAGACUGGGGAUUCUUUGUAUUCAUGGCACAUGGGAACGUGGAAAACGUAUGCAAAUCUUAUGCAGAACGUAUGCACUCGGAUUUCGGAUUUAUGAUUGUGUAGGACUUUAAGUGAAAGAAAGUGAUCGGUUUAGAAAUAUAGAUAAUUUAAUGAUCUUGUUCAGCCACGCUUCAUCGGCUACCGUUAAAGAUACAUGACAAUCUGCAACGCAGUGCAUUAUCACGCAAAACAUACGUAGGGCGGUCGAGGUGCCCUAUCACGAUUCUAUUACAAUUGUAAAUUACAAGCGUAGUUGGCAAGAAAGGUUCAUCUCCAAAAAAGAACGGGAGACGAGGAACUCUCUUGAUGCACUCUAAUUUAGAAAUGGUCAAAGAUAAAGAUGAGGAAUUUUCUCAAGUCAAGAUCUUAGCAAUGAUUCUAGAAGUAAUCGCAAAGUAUUCACUGCCCAACUUUGGUAGACGCCACAAAUGCAUCGAAUCUGCAAUCUGGUUGUUAUAAAUGAAAAAAAUAGCAAUCCCAUAAGCGAGCACCUGGACGAUGUUUCUCCUUCUUCGGCACAAAAAUCUGAAUCUGGUGUACAGGGUUUGGCGCAACGGAAUGAUCACGGAUUUAACAGAUUUUAUCGAGGCGAGCCGAAAGGACUUGUCCCACGUUUCAUUGAACGAGCAACAAAAUGGCCAGUUAGGGGGUUGAACCCCAACGAUGGCCUGACUUUAGGACGGGUUAGAGUAUAUCUUUAGAAAGUGUACUCCGUAGAGUCGAGUAUCUUUCGAGUAUUUUUGAUCCGACUGGUCGACAUAAGACAAAACCAAAGUUCUGAUAUAUACAUAUAUACAUAAAUAUAUACAUAUACAUAUUCGUUAUUGAAUUUAGAAAAGACAUAUAUAUAUAUACAUAAAUAUAUAUACAUAUGUGUGCAGGCUGGGUCGGUUCGGUCUCGUUGCUGGUCAAUGUUCGAGUUUGGGUGGUCGAGGAACAUUGUAGUGUCAUUGUUACGAAUGGAGAGAGGCUUAUUUUGCGAGAAACUAUGUGGACAUGAUGUAUCAUGAGGUCUUUGAGACCGUUAGGCAUAGUAAUAUAAGUAACCUCCAUCUAGGGGUGGUUUUUAUUAAAAAUCAAGUGAUGGUAACUGUAAUCGCAACGACAAAAACUGCUCACGAUACAGCACCGAGUCUUUCAAUAUUUCUUUCGGUUACUUAAUCGUUGGCCAAUAACGAGACGAUCUUUCGCAUCCUGUAUUUACGUACACAUGAACGAUAAAUAUAUACAGAGAUAUACACACCUAUAUAUAUAUAUAUAUACAAAUAAAUUAUAUGACAUUUUAGAGACUUCUGCGAUAUACCUGAGGUGGUGCUUCUUCCGACAUAGAGAAUAUCUGGCGGAAGGACUCGAUUCGAAUGGUGUCUUUUUGAUAAUUCUCCUUUUGAUAUAAUUUCGACUGGUCCGCGUGCGAUGCGUCGCAACGCGCGUCGCUACCCGCUCGAGACGCGCGUGACGUGCGUCGCCACGCAUCGAGCCGUCGCCAAUUCGACUCACUUUUUAUAAAAUCUGGAUUACGAUCGACGACGAAGACAAAUAAGGAAAACGUAGUCUUGUGCGUGGCAUUAUGGUUGGAGAAUAUUAGAGCAUUUUUGAACGAGGUACUCGCAACUCAGGCUCGACGAAUGCCUCGUCUAAAGGAGCUCUGAGGAGGGUCGGUUGAGUAUGCGAGAUUCAGUUUAAUUAUACUUGCGCGUAACGACGUCGACUGAAAUUUCUGCUUGAGAGGUCGACAAUUAUUUGGGCGGUUACGUAGCUAUGUGCGCACUGAAAGCGGAACAGAGCAAGUGUCGGUUCUGCUGUCAAAAAUCUCGUGCGCGUAGCCGUAUGCAUUGUUAUAGAAGGUGUAUCGAAAAUCGUCGUACUCCGAGCAACGAGAACCUUGCGUCGUUGUACUUGCAAACUCUGCGUUUCGAUGAAGAUACUAGCACAAAAAUCUCGUAACGUUUUCGACCGAUAAAUGCAGUCCUCUUCCCUUUUAUCAUCUACAACUACGCACUGAUUCUAUUUACCAGCAACUAUUCGAAUGAAAUUGAAUUAAUCUGUACACGUGCCAGUAUCGUUCGUCGAUGCGCACCCUAGGAGAAAUCCCGGUGUUAUCAGCGGAGGUAUUCGUUUGCGAGGUGGUUGGCCAACGCUUCCAUCGGCAAAGCCUCGCGACCGAAGGUAUAACGUAUCGAUUGUUUGCGCACAGCUUCGAGUUACUUUAAUCCUGUACAGCUAGCCACUUUGAUAAUCCGUUGCACUUCCAGCUAAUCUAAAAUUGGCGUGAAAUCAAAAGUUGAUCGCGGGAAUCAAAAUGAUAAAAAUGGACGGGGGUGAGUGUCGAGCGAUCGAUCCAAAGGGACAAAGUUUGUUCGUCGUGUUACAGAUAGAUAUAUCGAAGGAUACCUGUUAGAACCGUGAUAUUGUUGAAACGAGAAGAGAGAGAUGAAUAUUUUUGUGAAAUCGCGCGUCCAAGGAAUCCCUGAUUCGGUAUCGCGAUCGUCCUGCCGCGGCGCGGCAUGGUGAAAACUGCAUUAAAAGUGCAAUACUUCCUCGUAGGCUACUUGUAAGCAUAGUUAUUUUUCAAUGUAAAACGACUGUGUAGCUCUACUUUAGGCAAAUAUAUAUUUUAGGUACGAGCGAGAGGGAGAUAAGAGAGCAAGUGAGAAGAGACAGA